CCUUUCUUCUCCAUCACAAAAGGUACAUGCCGUCACUGCCCACGUAUUCAUGAUUCCUGCAUGCAGUCCAGGAAUGGUGAUUAAGAACAGUGGGAGUUCUCUCUUGCUGGAGUGUACUUGUUUGAGCAUGUCUCUCUCUGCUGUGCUUUCCACGCCCAGCCAUGCUGAAACCUUGUGUCGGAGGCAAACUGCGCACAGACUUAGGAGCGUCUGCAGAAGACAACAUGGCUCAGUCUCUUGGCCUGGCCAAUUUCUUCCUGUUCAUCUUUGCAGGGCUGCUCCUCUAUCACUACAGCAAUACCUUCAGAUACUAUUUCAGGGUUUGCUUCCUAAACAUUUGGAUGUUCAAUAUGACCUCCCUUGUACUUCCUGUUAUAGCUCUCCGGGGACGAAGUGUGGAAAAUAUGAGAGUCCUCCGCUUUGCCUUGCUGCCAGCGAAAUACUUCCUCGGCAUCAAAUUCAAGGUGCAGGGUGCUCAGAACUUUAACCUGAAAGUGCCGUAUGUUGUGGUUGCCAAUCAGCAAUGCAAUGUGGACAUCCUUGCAAUGCUUCAGAUCAUGCCGGAGAGAAGCACCUUCAUUGUUAAAAAGGAGAUCUUACACUUUCUUACUGUUGGCAUCGCCUGCUGGCUGAGUGGCUUCGUUUUCGUUGACCGCCAGAACAGAGAAACAACCGCCAAUUCCAUAUCGGAGGCAGCAGACGCGAUGGUCCGUGACAACCUGAGAAUCUGCAUGUUCCCUGAAGGCACUGGAGACAAUGACAGCGCUGGUCUGCUCUCCUUCAGGCAUGAGGCCUUCCUUCUGGCCGUGGAAGCCCAGGUGCCGGUUAUUCCUGUGGUGAUUUCCUCCUACCAGACGUUCUUCAACAAGAAAAUUAAGAAAUUCACACCAGGGGAAGUGACAAUCAAGAUCCUUCCGCCCAUGAAGACCGAGGGACUGAGCGCCGCUGAUGUCCAAGAAUUUGCAGACCGUGUGCGAGAGACUAUGCUCCCUAUUUUCCAUGAGAUCUCGGCGCUGAAGCAGGAAGAUAUAACUGAAGAAGGUGCCUACCAAGCUGCCAAUCGCCAAGUAUCUUCGUAACCAGGUCUUUCCACCUCGUUUAUUCCCACCCUUAGACAUUUACCCCAGCUCUGUCUUGGCCUAACUGCCCUCCAUGGCUUAGCUUGCGUGCGCCUGAUGGACCAGGAAAUCUGUCUGUAAGGUCAUAGGCUGCGUACAAACAUACCUUUACAGACCCUCCAAAUGCCCCUAUUUUCCAGUGGCGUCCCUAAUUUAGAGAGGCCAUCCCGGUUUCUGAUUUGAUCCUGGAAUGUCCCACUUUUCCUUAGGAUGUUCCUAUUUUCACUGGAGAAAUGU